AUGAAUAUUUGGGACUUGGCCAAGGAAAAAUUGGUGGAAAAUAAGGAAAAAGCGGCCCAACUCGAGCAAAAGUUGGACGAUGAGGCGGCGGCAGACAGUUUUUGUUUGUUUAAUUAUUUUUUUCUUUUGUUCUUAAAAAGUUUGGCGGGAGUUAAUAGAUCAGAUCAUCAUUGAAAUUUUUUUGAAAAAAAUCGAUAAAAAAAUUGGGAAAAUUACAGUAUCCGACGUGAAACGACGUCACACUUCACACAUCGUCAUUUGCGGCAACAAGAAAAGUGUUCGGAUUUUUUUAAAAAAAUAAAAUCGGUAGAAGCUUUUGGAAAAGUUCCAAGAAAUUCCUGAACUUUUUUUCCUCGAAAAAAAUGCUUGAGAUUACCUCAUUAAAGGUAAAAAUUCAGUUGAAAAAUUUUUAAAAUAACUAGGAUUUGUAUCAUUAAAAUUUGUGAAAAUGACCCUAAAAAAAUCGGUUUUUACUUGAUUUUUUUCACUAAGAAAAAAAGCUUGAAAAAAAUUUAUUUUUUUAAUGAAUUGCGAAAAAAAUUCUAGUGGUCACUUAAGAGGUACCUUAAGGGCUUCUCGAAGAGGGCACUAAAAGGACCACGAAAACCACCUAUCUAGAAGCCACUAUUUUCCUUCUUAGUGGCCACUAUAGUGGUUCAGUAGUGCCAUUGUGAGAUUUCUAAAGACGCCACUGGAGUUUAGCCUCUUAAGUGGCUACUUAUUCGGUUACUACAGUGACCACUGAACCGUUAAAACCCUAUAGUGACCACUAAAAAUUUCUCAGUGUAAAUCAAAAAAAUCAAAAAACCCACCGAAAAGCUGCGUAACAGCUGAAAAAUAUCGCUCUCGCUAGAGAAUUUUAUUCAAAAAAUACAAAUUUCCGUUUUCGGCGUCAACAUUUCCUUGACGACAUAAAUUGCAUAUUCAAUUUUGUUUUUUAGGGCAAAUCCUCUCUUCAAAUGAAUUUCGUCGAACGGAAAGAAGAACUGAAAGAAGCGGUCGGGUUGGAGUUUUCCUACGCGAGGAGGACCAGGGGAAAUGUUCGGGAAUAUUGAAUUUUUUUGAACUCUAAAGUGGUCCCUAUGGGGUCAAACUCAGGGGCCAUCUAUGGACCAUUUUACGUCCCCCUAUAGGGGCCACUUAAGCUUGCAAAAGUAUACCAAAAAUCUAAGUUUGACCCCUACGGGGUGCACUUUUUUGUCCCCUAUAGGGACCCCUCUGGCGUUCCUAAGAUGUUGUGGCUUGUUCAGAUUUUGAAUGUCAAAGUUGUCGCCCAAGCUCCGCCCCUAAUGGCCCGGUGGACCAAUCAGAGAAUGAGCCAUUCAUAGAGCGUUUUUGAAUAACGUCAUUCUACUCGUCAUUCAAAAUUUGGACAGUCUGUAGUCUGCUUUAACGCUUCUCAAUCCUUCUGCGCGAAAGCCGUUUCUGGUCGGGCGCCCAUAAAAACAGCUGCUUCCCUUACUUGGGACAAACUGUAGUCUGCUUUAACGCUUCCCAAUCCUUUUGCGCGUAAGCCGUUUAUGGUCGGGCGCACUCAAAGACAGUUGCUUCCCUUUCUUGGGACAAACUGUAGUUUGCUUAAUGCUUUUAAGCAAAAGUCGUUUCUAGUCGGGCGCACUUAAAGGCAGCUGCUUCGCUUCCUUCACAGCUCCAGCCAUUGAAAAUCUAACUAGGGUCUUCAAAAGAACGAAAAAAGAAAGAAAAAACAAAUAUACACGAGUGAUAAUGAACUCGAAUGGAGGAUUGAAGGGAUUCGUGAAAAUGAAGUAAAAAAAAUAAUUUCUGACAGGUGAAAGAUGUGGCCAAUUUGUGGGAACUCGGCGGUGGCCACGAACUAUCUUCCUUGUUGGCCUUGCCUUUCAAACCCGAGAAUUUGGAGUGAGUUUUGAUAAUACCACAAUGAAAGAACUAUGUACUCGUAGCUCUUAAAACGAGGAUUCCAAUGGUAUAAAAAAAUAAAAAAAUACCGGAAUUUCUUGAAUAUACUUGAAAAUGAAGGAAAAUAAACAUAAAUUGGGGUCAAAAAAUGACAUGGAAAGGGCGGGCAAAAUUAUUUUUAGUGAUCUUUUUUUCAAAUUUAUCCUUCAAAAAUCGUCAUUUUUUUAUGGCUCAAUCCAUUUUUUUCAUGCGAAUCGCUUCUAUUAUUUUCGAAAAUGGAACGAUUUUUCGAUUUGAAAAAGCUUUUUCUUUAAGAAAUAUGACCUUUUUUUAAAUUCAAAAAGUUUUUUUCAGCAGAACAAGCAAGAAAAGGGCAAGAAAAAUGAGCGUUUUUUUGGUAAAAAAACAAGCUUUUUUUAAGUUUAAAAAAAUGUACCUUUAUUGAAAAUUUGAGAGAAGUAGUCAAAAAAAUCGCUAAAAUUGAGCAAAGCGUGUUUUUUUAACAAGUCAAAAAGUGUCGUAAAUUAUAAUGUUUAGGGUGUAAGCACACCACGUCGCACUUUCGCAUACUCUAAUUUUUUUUUAAUAUUUUUUUUGAAUUUGCACUUUUUUUUUGAGAUGAUAGUUCAUGAGUUAUGCCAAGUCUUGUCAGUUUGAAGAAUAUGAAUUUUAAAAAAAACAUGCAAAUUCAUUAAAAACGAAAAAAGAGCUUUUAAAAUCUAAAGUAUGUACUUUUUCUCAAGUAUUUAAGGGUUUCCAGGAGGAAAAGUCACGGAAAGGGCAAGAAAAUGAGCGUUCCUUUUCCUGAGUCACCCCAAUUUUCAUUUUUCAUUAGCCAAACUCCUUAAAUACCCUUCCCAUUUUUCAGUGUCAGUUCCAUUUUCCUCGUCCUGGACCUGACGAAACUCGAAGAACUUUGGACGGUCGCUGAAAAUCUUCUGGAAUCGGCCCGGAGAACUAUAAUAGCAGCUCAAAAAGGACAAGUCGAGCUGCAGAAGAAGCUCGAGUUGAAGACUCUGAAUAGGGUCGAGAAAUAUGAGGUGAUUUGGAAAGUUUAGAAAAGAAAACUUUCUGGAAAAGUUUUGUACCUUUCUGAAUCCGAUUUUUUUAAUAAAUAUGUCAUUUUUUUCAGUUUUUCAUGAACUUCAGAUUUAAAAUUUUUAGUAGUCUAGCAGUACAACUUAGGCUUCUAAAGGGGUCACUAAAAUUUAGCCACUCAAGGGGUCACUAAUCCAACUACUGUAAUGAUCACUAAAACGUCAAAUCCCUUACGUGACCACUACGAUUUUUGCAGAAGGGCGAGUUUUCCAUUUUUUGCAGAGUACGGUAUGACAAAGUCCGCAAUUAGCGUGUUUGCACAUUCUUAUGGUACCGUCUUCCAUUUUUGUUCUAAAUUUAAUCGAAGUUGAUAAAAACUGUAGGAAACAGUUGAACUAUCCGUUACUCAACUAUCCGUCCUGAUUGAAAAUUAAAAAAAAAGAAUUUUCAAAAAAAAGGAAAAAAAACGCGGGACAACUUAUUAUGUGCAAACACGCACACGCCGAAUGGCUUUCACUUACCGUAAUCCUCAGAAAAUGAAAAAUCGCCGCCAUUGUCAAAGCACCAAUAAACUAUAUCUUUUCAGGAAGAUCAACGACUUUGCUCGCCCCUCCCGAUCCCGUUGACGAUCGUCGGCUCCAAAUACGACGAAUUUCAGAAUUUUGAGCCUGAAAAACGGCGGCACGUCUGCCAGUUCCUGAGGUUCUUGGCCCACUAUCAUGGCGCCAAUUUGAUGGUUUUUUUUUGAGUACUGAUCUAUAGAAUGCGAGGGCCGGACCGCCCGUUUUACUCUUGGUCCGGGCUGGCCUGGCCCUAGCAAGUCCUCAAGCGAAAACGGGCCAGCCCGGUUCAAAACGCGCAUUUUUCGCUUUUCUCUUGAGUUCCGCAGUGAAAGAGCAUUUGAGAAAGCCUGUACGAGGGUCAAACCGCCCUUUUUACUCAGAAUCCGGGCGGGCUCUGCCCUAGUGAGUUCCCAUGCGAAAACGGGUCAGCCCGGCAGAAAGAGGAAUUUUUUGACAUGUUCCUCGAAUUCGGCGGCUAGUGAAUCUCAAAAAAAGCUUGUGCGAGGGCAGGCCCGCUCGUUUUACUCAAAGACCGGGCGGGCCUUGCCCUAGCGAGUCCUCAAGCGAAAACGGGCCGACCCUGCCAAAGAACACUUUUUUUUUUACUAUUUUCAUGAAUUUUACGGUUAGCAAGUCUUAAAACGAGCUUGUGCGAGGGCCAGUCCGCCCGCAAACUAUCUUCCCGGGCCGGCCCUAGCGAGUCCGCAAGCGAAAACGGGCCAUCCCGACCUGAAAAGCGCCAUUUUUCUUCUUUCACUUAAAAUGAUAGUCAGAAACCAUGGUCGCAUACAGAAUGACUCUAGCGGUCGCCUUAAAGUGCGCCCGACUCGAAACGGCUUGCGUCUAGUUGCGAGCCUUGAAAGUUUUGAGGCGUUUAAAAUGCCACCAAAGCGUAUGUAAUUGAAAUUGAUUUUUUUCUCAAUGUACGCGGGUUUUUGAAAAUUUUGCGAAUGGUACAGCUCUAGAUAGUCCAAGUCCUGAAACUUGAAAGUCAUUUUUAGGGAAAAUUCAGUUUUUUUUUAAAUUUUUCAUCUUCUUGGUUUUCUCGAAAUUCCCACAUUUUCUAACUUCUUAUUGAUCAAAUUUUUGGAGAUGAGGCUAUUUUUUUAAUUAUUGGAAAAAAAUGUAAAUUUUUACAUUUUUUUGUUCAAUUCAUGAAACGUUGAAGUCAUUUCUUCACAUUAUUUCAGUUUUUUUUUUUUUUCAAAUGCAUUUCCGCAUAUGAAGAAACUUUUUGACAAGACGUUUAAAAAAAUUUAUUCAAAACCCAUUUAUUCAAUUCAUGAAACGUUGAGGUCAUUUAUAGGGAAUAUUAAAGAUAUUUCAAAGGUUUUUUGACUUUUUGAAGGCCAAAUUUCGCAGAUUGUGUUGACAUUGGAAAAAAUGAAAAAAUGAUAUUAUUUAUACAAUUUGUGAAACGUUAAAGUCAUUUCUAAAGAAAAAUCCAGUCUUUUUUCUAAAUGUUCUGCAGAUGUACUCCUCGAAGAUGGAGCAAUUCGGCCGGAUCGUCAAAAAUAUGAUGAGUCAUUUCGCCUUCGGUACAGUGUGCCCUCAAGGGUACAUGAUCGACCAUAAUCGGCCGAUUUUCGUCAAAUGCGGCAUGGAUUCUUUUGAGGUUCUUAGAUUUUUAGAUUAAAAAUCGAAAAAAAAAAGGUCGUUUUUCCAGGCGAUCGGCGCCCCGCCAGCUUCAGAAACUUCAUUCAUGAGAGCUUCGAAUCCUUUCGAACUAUGGAAAGACUCGUUUUUGGCCUUGUUCCCUCAGAAAGUGAGAAAAUGUGAAAAAAGGACCUGGCUUUAGGGCAAUUUUGCUCGAAAAUUAAGCUUUUUUCGAGUUUUUACUAUAAUUUUGGGUGAUUUUGAUGAUUUUUGUCAUAACUUAUGGAUAAUUUCAUCAUUUUUCGAACCCUAUUGAGCUCUUGAAAGACAAUUUUUACCAUUUGUCCUCAAAAAGUGAGAUUUUUCCAUCAGAAAGUGAGAAAAAUUGAAAAAGGACCUGGUUUUUAAGGCAAUUUUGCUCGAAAAAUUAAGCUUUUUUUCGAGUUUUUUUGCUAUUUUUUUCCAGCAAAAUUGGGAUGAUUUUUGAUGAUUUUUUUCAUAAAAAAAUUAAUGAAAUUGAUUAUAUUAAAUUCCUAUAAGCUCUGCAAAGACUAUUUUUUUCUCAAAAAGUGGGAUUUUUUUAGACGGUUUUUUUCUCAAAAAACUUUUUUUCGAGGUUUUUUUCUACAGUUUUUCAACAGAAUAUGAAACUCUGUAAACUUUGGAAACAGUAUUUUUUUGACAAUUUUUUUGCUCAAAAAGUGAGAUUUUUUUCAAGAAUCUGGUUCAAAAAAAUUGAUGAAAAAAAGGACCUGAUUUGGAGGAUUCUUUCCAAAAAAAAUUAAAUUUUUGGGUCUCUCAAGUUUUCCAAGCGAAAAUUAAUGACUCUGAAGAUUUUUAUUCAUAAAUUUAGAAAAUUCGAUCUUUUUUUGAACCCUUUUUUGACCUUUUUUUGAAGAAAUAAGGCAAAAAAAAUUUUUUAAGUUGAAAAAAAUUUCAAAUCGAAAUCGUCUUCCCUUCCAUCAAGUUUACACUAGGACAGCGUAAUAAUUAUUUUUUUUUGCAAGUUUCACGAUUUUUAGCAAGAUUUUUUCAAGUUUUCGAUCAAAAAAGUGAUAAUUUUGUUGAUUUUCAAUCAUAAAAUUGAUGAGUUUCGUCAUUUUUGACGCUAAAAAAAAGUGGUUUUACUUUUUUUCAGAAGUCAUUUUUCCUUUUCAACCAUGAUACUUAUAUAAAUAAAUACUACGAAAACUUAGUUCAAAAUUGAGAAUCGCUGGACAAAUCCAAAAUUUCCUAGGAAACCAAACAAGAACUCUCCAACGACCCAAUGACGGACCCACUGUUCAAAGAAGCUCAUAUUGAUAAUUUGGUCGAUAUCAAGAGAAAAGUAGGUUUUUCCUAAUCACGGCGUUCCCAAACGGGGUGGGGAGACGUCAAAAAAGUUUUGGCGCGAAAAUUGAAAUCUCAUGUACGCAGCCGAAGGUGAUCGAACAAACAAGUUAUUAACGUUGAAUACUCAGUGCAAUUGGUGACGUAGAAUUGUUUUUUGUGAGCUCAAUUAUGACGUAUAGGUGAUUCACUGGCUUGAGCCUUCGAGAAAAGGGUCCUGCCACGAAAAGAGACGAGACAGUGCCCUGGUUGGUGGAGAGUGCAGACAGGCCACGCCUUUUUGUGUCCCAAGCUAGCCGUGAAUCCUCAGACCUUGGUAACGCGAACGGGACGCGAAUCGGACGUGUCGGGGCAUUUCUAGUGACCACUUUAGUAGCCUCAGAACCCUUAAGGGAUCCCUAGAAUCGCCCAGAAACGUCCGGAGCACGUCCGUAUCGCGUUACCAAUGUCCGAGUCGUCUAUAGAAUGA